AUGCGAACAUUCUCAACUACAACAAAAAGAUCAAAUCUAAGAGGUAUAUAUAAUUCUUACCAAUAUGACACAUCUCGACAAGUGGAAAGUUUGUGGGAAAUGGAAUAUCGACGACCAACUGAUAAACACUUGCCAUUGUCACCUGGUGAACAGGUUGACUGUAAAGUAGCUAUUAUCGGUGCUGGGUACACAGGUCUUUCAUGUGCAUUACAUUUGGUUCGUGACUAUCAAAUAAAGGGCAAUGACUUACGCGUGUUUGAUGCCGGUAGAGAACUUGGUUGGGGUGCAUCGGGACGUAACGGAGGAUUUUGUUGUAUGGGUGCAACACAUUUAUCAUCGAAACAAAUGAUACAACAGUAUGGUUUAAAGGAAACACAAAAGUGGAUGAAAUUACAGGUAGAUGCAGUGAAACUCGUACGAAGUUUAAUUGAAAAAUAUCAGAUUGAUGCUGAACUUACUGGUGAUAGUAUAGUCUGCGUGGCACACUCAUCAAAAAGUUAUAAAUCAUUUGAACAAGAAGCACAGGAACUGCAACAACUCUUUUCAAUACCUUGUACACUGUAUCCACAGUAUAACCAUGGUAUGUAUGGUGCACUGAAAGUUCAUGUUGGAUUUGGUCUAAAUCCACUAAAAUAUCUAAAUGGUCUAGCAGAAGUAUGUCAAAAGCAAUAUGGUGUCAAAAUACAUCAACGGAGUCAAAUAAUUAAAUGGGAUAAAAGAAAUAAACAUCAUCAUCGUUUAUAUACUGACACGGGUGCAUGUAUACAAGCAGAAAAAGUAGUCAUUGCAGCCAAUGGUUACAUGCCAGAAUCUCUACAUUCGUCUCUAGUUGGUCGUAUUAUGCCAGUUUUAUCGAAUAUCAUUGUUACACGCGCAUUGACAUCCGAUGAAUUGAUGAAAUAUGGAAAAGAUUUGAUAAAUCCGCAUUAUACAUCUCGACACUUAUUAAAUUAUUAUCGUUUAUUACCAGAUUCUAAUCGAUUUCUAUUCGGCGGACGUGGUGAUACAUACGGCGAUGUUGAACAUGGUGAAAUAAUGAAAAAACAAUUGCUAAAACAAUUUCAUGAUUUAUUUCCUUUAUGGGCAAAUCAAGUUAAAAUUACACAUUAUUGGUCUGGUCUUGUGUGUUUUACAAGAAAUUUCGGACCAUCAUUUGGAUAUUUAAAUGGUAACGAUAAAUCUGUUUGGUAUUCUUUUGGUUAUCACGCCAAUGGUGUGAAUACAGCAACAUAUGCAGGUAAACAAUUAGCGAAAUAUUUGACAUUAGCAACACAAUCAGACGUAAAAUCAUAUUUAUUCAAUGAUUUACCCCAUCUACUAGUUAAAAACGGUUUACCACCAAAAAUACCGUUUUCACAGUUUCGUUUGUGGUAUUUGAGAGUAAUAUUGGUUUUUUAUAGGUUACUUGAUUACUUUAGAUAA